AUGUCCAGGGUGCCGAUGGGCAAGGUGUUGCUGCGAAAUGUUAUUCGUCACACAGAUGCCCACAACAAGGUGUGGGAGAGUUAGCUCAUCUGUGUGUGUGUGGCUUUGCACUCUCCUGUGUACUCUCCUGAUGAUAGAUGUUGUCCAUUUCAGAUCCAGGAGGAGUCAGAGAUGUGGAAGUUGAGGGGGAUGGAGAAGGGUCCGUCCACCAGCCACAGACCGAUGCCACCAGCCUCAAAUUCAUCCAGGUCACCUAACUGUUCCAGGAUUGAAGUAGUGUAGCCUUAGGUAGACUGAUACAUCAGCCAGUGAUGGCUAGCUAACACUAACGCUAUGUACCGUCCGAGUGGCGCAGUGGUCUAAGGCACUGCAUCGCAGUCCUAGCUGUGCCACUAGAGAUCCUGGUUCGAAUCCAGGCUCUGUCGUAGCCGGCCGCGACCGGGAGACCCAUGGGGCAGCGCACAAUUGGCCCAGCGUCGUCUAGGGUAGGGGAGGGAAUGGUUGGCAAGGGAUGUAGCUCAGUUUGUAGAGCAUGGCGUUUGCAACGCCAGGGUUGUGGGUUCGAUUCCCACGGGGGGUAUAAUUUUUUUUUUUUUAAAAUAAAAAUAAUGUAUGCACUAACUGUAAGUCGCUCUGGAUAAGAGCGUCUGCUAAAUGACUUAAAUGUAAUGUAAAUGUACCGUCAGACUUAUUUGGAGAAUGUAAAACCAUGUAAACACGUGCACAGGCUCGGCUAGUAUGCAUAUGCUUCAGGUGAUAGAAAUCUGAACACACUGCUAUCGCUUUGAAAAGUUGGUUUAAUAAUACUUUCCUGUGGAUAUAGGCUAUUGUCAUCAGAAUUAGUUGUCUAUUCCUCAGGAGUCACAUGCACUGUGAUCGUGUGGAGGAUGGGUCUGUAGAUAGACUGGGAGACGGGCUGCGGAGAAGAGAACACAGCUUCGGCCAGGACGAGAGGGAGGCACGCUACUGGACCAAGAAACUCUAUGACUUCGAGGCCAAUGAUCCAGACAGGUGCAUACCUAUUCUAUCUACAACUCUGUAGGAAUAUAGCCUCGCUGUGAAAGGUGGAUCUCAUUGGUACUGUGCAUGUUUCCUCUACAGAUGGGGACACAGCGGUUUUAAGGAGCUAUACCCAGAGGAGUUUAAAAGUGACUGGUAAGACAUUAACUGCAUUAACAUGAAAUACCAUGUCUCAUAACAGUAGUAGCUGUAGUAAGGAUCUCACUAUUUGCUUCAAUACAAGAAAUGUUGCAUUGUUAUAAUGCCUGAUUUGUCUUUUCAGGGAAAGAGACCGUGGUGAUGAUCAGAAUGUGCAUUGCAGAAAGAAAAAUACUAAGUCCAGACUUAAAACAGCCAAAUCAAAACAUCUGAAGAAAUCCUCCAAGAAGAAGAAGAAGAAAAAAGAGGAAAAGCGAAGGAGGACAGGUGAGUCAGAUGGUGAGUCCAGCAGCAAGAGUGUCAAACAGAAGAGGAAAAGCAGCAAGAGCAAACAUAAGAGGAAAAAGAGUGAGAGAGAGGAGGAGAGCAGCUCAGAGGACAAUGAUGAGGAGAGAGGCAGAAGGAAGAAACGACAGAGGGACUCCCACAGAGACUCAGGACCAGAGUCACACAAGAAGAGGAGGAAAAACUGGAAAGCAGGAGAGGACAAAUUGGAGGACAGUUCUGAGGAUUGA